AUGGCCAGUCAGAUUGGUGCUCCACCGGAUCUUUCCGACGCCGAUAAAGUUUAUAUAUCCACAGAGCUCGACUCUGCGCUGAAUUCACGAAUUCUCUAUUCUCUACUGCUUGGUCUAUACACAGGAAUUGUCGCCGUCACGUUGGGAAGCAUCUAUACGAACAAGACUCGGCCCGUCGGACGGGGCAUGAUCGUUGUCAUAUUCCUCCUCCACAUCGUUACUUCCGUCGACUUCAUCACCGACUGGGUAUACAUCCGCACUAUUUUUGUUGGAAAUGGACAGAGCUCUUGGGCAGAAUAUCUGUUUUAUAACAGUAACCGUGUAAAAUUGACCGUGGUGAUGGGUGUUGCGGGUAUCAUCUGUACUGUUCUUGCGGACACCACCCUGAUUUGGCGCUGCUGGAUGGUAUGGGGACGGCGCUGGCCGGUAAUUUUGCCCCCCACUCUUUUCCUCAUUUGCACAAUCGUAUUCAAAAGCAUCGCUACAUACAAAGCCUAUGCCACGAUAAGCGGGUAUACUCUCGGAUUUGUGCUUUAUUCAGCAUUUAUCCUUGCUACGACUCUAUGGUGCACUCUGCUCAUUAUCUACCGCAUCGUGACCGUCGUACGAGCAGGAGCUCAAGCUGGACUAGGUGGACUUGGAGCUUACCGCCAUGUUAUCGAGGUCUUCGUCGAAUCAUCGGCUCUUUAUUCCCUGUCCUUGAUCGUAUACGUAGCCGUGUUUUGCUAUGACACUCCUGCAGGGGCUUACAUUGAUGUCGUAGCGGGAGUCGCAAGGGGAAUUGCACCGACGCUUCUCGUAGGGCGUGUCGCAGCAGGACAUGCUCGACCAGAUGAUUCCUGGCAGGGAGGCAUCAUGUCUUCGCUUCACUUUAGUACACGUCUGGGAGGACAGAGAUCCCAGCAGGAGUCUAGUGCGACGAGCGAUGAUCCUGAAGCUCAGUCGGAGAGAGGCGAUGAAUAUGGUCGUUGCACAGUGGUGGCCUCUAUUACCGACUCCGAUGAUAGCCUCACCCAUCAAGAUCACCGCGAGAUUCAGCCGAAGACUCGAUCAGUUGAUGAUUCUAACACGGUCAUCAUCGUAUCAAAGGAUUGACGUCCGUUGAUGUGCAUUCUAUUUACCCCACUUCCUUUGUCCAUUUGCCGGACGGUAU